GCUCGCCGAGGCUCGUUGCUGUGGGGACUCGCCUGUCAUGGAGGAGCUGGAUGGGGCGCGGGGCGCGGCGGAGGCUUCCCGGUGAAGGCGGCUCCGGAGAGAGGGAGCCGGCGGGGCGCCCGCGCCUGGGGAAGGUUGCUGAGCACAGUCUGUGUAAUUGUUCGGACCUAAUUCAGUUCAUCAGAGCCUUCAUGUUUGUUCACAGAGAUAACACAGAUCUAAGAAAAGGGUGUGGGUCUUCUGUUUGGACUCUGUAGUUCCAGUAGUCCCAUUAUCUGUGACACUGAAGGAUAAAAGCGGCACAGACUAAAUGGAUCUAAAGACAGCAGUGUUCAAUGCAGCUCGUGAUGGCAAACUGCGGCUCCUUGCAAAGUUACUGGCAAACAAAACUAAAGAAGAGGUGGCCUUGCUGAUGUCUGAAAAAACUAGUGGUGCUACACCACUUUUGAUGGCAGCCCGUUAUGGACACCUUGAUAUGGUGGAAUACUUGCUGGAGCAUUGCUGUGCUUCUAUAGAAGUUGGUGGCUCGGUGAAUUUUGAUGGUGAGACCAUUGAGGGGGCUCCUCCAUUAUGGGCAGCUUCUGCUGCUGGUCAUUUGAAGGUAGUCCAAUGUCUGUUAGAUCAUGGAGCAUCUGUCAACAACACAACACUGACAAAUUCAACCCCACUUAGGGCAGCCUGUUUUGAUGGGCACCUGGAAAUAGUAAAGUACCUUGUGGAGCAUAAAGCUGAUUUGGAAGUAUCAAACCGACAUGGGCAUACAUGCCUGAUGAUCUCAUGUUACAAAGGACACAAAGAAAUUGCUCAGUAUUUGCUUGAAAAAGGCGCUGAUGUUAACAGAAAAAGUGUUAAAGGAAAUACUGCAUUACAUGACUGUGCAGAAUCUGGAAGCUUGGACAUCAUGAAGAUGCUUCUUAAAUACUGUGCAAAGAUGGAAAAAGAUGGCUAUGGAAUGACUCCCCUUCUGUCAGCCAGUGUGACAGGUCAUACAAAUAUUGUGGACUUCCUGACACAGCAUGUACAGACCAGUAAGGCAGAACGUAUUAAUGCUUUGGAGCUUUUAGGAGCAACAUUUGUGGACAAAAAAAGAGAUCUGCUUGGUGCUUUGAAAUACUGGAAAAGAGCUAUGGACAUGAGGUACAGUGACAGGACUAAUAUCCUCAGCAAACCUGUGCCACAAACACUAAUUAUGGCUUAUGACUAUGCCAAGGAGGUGAAUAGUGCAGAAGAGCUAGAAAAUCUUAUUGCAGACCCUGAUGAGAUGAGAAUGCAAGCGCUGUUAAUUAGAGAACGUAUUCUUGGUCCUUCUCACCCAGAUACAUCUUAUUAUAUUAGGUACAGAGGUGCCGUCUAUGCAGACUCUGGAAACUUUAAACGAUGCAUCAACCUAUGGAAAUAUGCUUUGGACAUGCAGCAAAGCAAUUUAGACCCCCUGAGCCCUAUGACAGCCAGCAGUUUACUAUCAUUUGCUGAACUCUUUUCCUUCAUGCUACAGGAUAGGGCAAAAGGCCUCCUAGGCACCACUGUUACAUUUGAUGAUCUUAUGGGAAUACUGUGCAAAAGUGUCCUCGAAAUAGAUCGGGCUAUCAAACAAACUCAGUGUCCACCUGACCAAAUACAGCUGAACAAAGCUCUUUCUAUCAUUUUGCAUUUAAUUUGCUUGCUGGAAAAAGUUCCUUGCAGUCCAGAACAAGACCAUUUUAAAAAGCAGACUAUUUACAGGUUUCUUAAACUACAGCCUAGAGGAAAGAAUAACUUCAGCCCACUUCAUCUUGCUGUUGAUAAGAAUACUACAUGUGUGGGUCGUUACCCUGUUUGCAAAUUCCCCUCUCUACAAGUUACUGCUAUACUGGUGGAAUGUGGUGCUGAUGUAAAUGUCAGAGACUCUGAUGAUAACAGCCCCUUGCACAUUGCUGCACUGAACAACCAUCCAGACAUCAUGAAUCUUCUUAUCAAGUCAGGUUCACACUUUGACACCACAAACUUGCAUAAACAAACUGCUAGUGAUUUGCUGGAUGAGAAGGAAAUGGCAAAAAAUUUGAUCCAGCCCAUAAAUCAUACUACAUUGCAGUGUCUUGCUGCUCGUGUUAUAGUGAAUCAUAGCAUAUGUUAUAAAGGGAACAUCCCUGAAAAGCUAGAGAACUUUGUGUUGCUCCAUAGAUGAUAGUGUGACAACUGUUGAAGCACGAGUUGGUGACAUUAAUUGUUGCUUUCUCAAGCACUGUUGUGAUACACCAGCGUUCAUUUAGCUUGACCUAUCAUGUUCUCAUUGGCUAAAGCAUCAUUAGCAUCAGAUCUGUAGAAUUGGCUACCCAGUAUUUAAUAUGAAUAUGCCAUAUAAUAUAUUUUGUGGAUUAUUUAGAAAUGUAAUGCCAUAUUUAGACUCUCUCUUAAAAUUGUCUGCCAAAGGCUUGUCUACUCUGGUUUUAUUUGCCUGUUGGGUGUUUGGGACUGAGAUUAAUAUUUUUCACUGGUGUCUUUUUACUAUUACUGGUAUGUGGAUUUUAUACAGUUGGAAGGUCAUCUUUUUUUGUUUUUGCUUGUGCAUUUCUACUCAAAUUCUGUUUUUUCUAUGAACUCAUUGCUAAACUGAACAAGUUGUAUGGACUUGUUAACAUUUGCAAUUACCAUAAGUGCUUUAUCUUCUCUAUGCACUGGCUUAAACAUGACUGUUGUGUGUUAGCAUAUUUCUAUGCAGCAGUUGGCCAACUUCAGCUCAAACAGCAUUUUUUGCAGUUUUAUGGAGCUUUUUCUGAGAACACUUCCUUCACAGCAUGACAAUUUUUGGAGCUAUGUGUCAAUUGUCCAAACUUUUUGGGUUGAUUUUUAUUCUAGCUGUAUCUGAGGUUGCUUUCUCUUAGUCCUCUGGAAAUAUGUGCUAAAUUCGGGAGAAAAAUCUAUUCUUGUUCUCUUGGUAACCCAGUUGAGAUUUAAGUCUAAGUCAUUCUGAUGCAUCAUGCAGCAAAGGGAAGAGUCCUUAUCAUGUACAUCUGACUUUUUCCCUCUGCACUAAUGUCUUGUUUGUGCUGAUAGUGUGACUAGAUGUAGAGAGUUUGCUCAAAUUUUUAACCUCAAACUUAAUAAUACACUUGAAUAAGAAAUAAAUUGAAUGUAUGCAGUAGUCUGAAAUUACAAAUCAACUUCCUUACCUACAAAAGGAACUAAAGCAUGUUGGUGGCAUGAUACCUGUCAAACCAGGUUUAGACAUCUAGUAUAAUUAUAUUACCUUGGCAGAGAGCCACUCAUUAUAAUGUAUCUCAAAUUCCAUAGCAGUGUCCCUUUCCUUCAUUUUAAAUAUACCCUUUUAGAUAAUUUGCAUGCAUUUUUCACCUCUCGUAUUGUCAGCCAUACUUAAACACCAGAGGUUGUGGUGUGUACAUAGCUUCUAUUGAAAGUUAACUAUUUUUAUAAUAUUUGCACAACAGCUUAG